CCAGCGCGACUCACCAGACAUGACCGCGCUUGUUUUCUGCAGAGGAAGAGCGCAUGUGGCAGUGUAGUGCUGUGGAGUGAAAGAGACUGCAGCGUUCCGCGAAGAGAUGAUGUGACCAAACAACACAUCUGAAAGUGUCUUUUGUUAGCUUAGCGUUUUGCAAAAUAGUUUUGAAAAGCACAGACGCGCUGCGGUUAAGACGAGGACACUGCAGGAUCAAGUGCCAAAUGCCAAGACUAGAGGAACACUGUUGGAGCUGCUCCUGUUCAACCACUGUAAAGACGAAGGAGCUGUCAAGCGCCAGCUGGAUUGUUUGUAAAACGGGUGAAAUGAUGUCCAUCAUAACCUCAGUGCUGAGCCAAUCAUACGGCUCUCUGCACAGCCUCCAGUCCGCUAAUUUAAUUCGACGGGGGCUUGUAUUGUUUAUCGUCGGAGUAGUUCUCGCCUUGGUGUUAAACUUACUCCAGAUCCAGAGAAACGUUACAUUGUUCCCAGAGGAAGUGCUGGACACGCUGUUUUCGUCCGCCUGGUGGAUUCCCCUCUGCUGUGGCACUGCUGCUGCUGUGGUUGGUCUCUUGUACCCCUGCUUGGACCACCAUCUUGGAGAACCGCACAAGUUUAAGCGGGAGUGGGCAAGUGUGAUGCGCUGCAUUGCUGUUUUUGUGGGCAUCAAUCACGCCAGUGCUAAACUGGACUUUGCCAAUAAUGUGCAGCUUUCACUAACUCUGGCUGCCCUGUCUCUGGGCCUCUGGUGGACGUUUGACCGUUCCAGGAGUGGCUUUGGUCUAGGGCUGACCACUGCUUUUUUAGCCACACUCAUUGCUCAGCUGCUGGUCUACAAUGGCAUCUACCAGUAUACGUCUCCAGACUUCUUGUAUGUACGUUCGUGGCUGCCUUGUAUAUUCUUUUCUGGUGGAGUGACAGUAGGAAACAUCGGCCGACAGCUAGCUAUGGGCUCAACGGAGAAGCCUCAUAAUGACUAAGUGGGUGUCAGAGGUCAUGAAGUGAGCUACAAAGAGUGCCAAAACAGAGGGCCUUCAAACUAUAUUGGGUGUUCCUGGUUUCUGUCCGAGCAUAACUUCUGCUCCUAAUUUUGCUCCACUUUAUAACGAUACAAGAAAACAAAGAGCAAGUUGGUUUGAAUUGGCCUGGUGUGCCAUGAACAGCACCUUUGAACAGCCAAAAGAAUCCCCCUGGCAUUCAUUACUACCAUCAGCAUUGUCGUUGUUACAUCUCCUUGCAUUAGAGUUACUGGUAACGUCAGUCUCCUUAUUACCAGUUUGCUGGAGUGCCACUAUUGGACAAUUGGACUGUACAAAAUCAUAGCUAAUUUCACUUUCAGUGAAGGUGAGCGAGUGAAAAGUAGUGGUGAAACUUUGUGUAUGCAAAUGAGUGUGUGUGCUGGUCCUAUGGAUAAGGCCAGGCAAAAAAAAAGUUGGUGUUGAAGUGCACACUUUUACUUUGCGUUGGAGAACUGAAAGCGAAAUCAAAGGGAAAAAAAUUAAGACUGUGCAAAAUACCUAAAAUAUCCAAAGAGGUCUGUGUACUGUCUAUAUAGGAUGUGUUGUAGUUUUAUUUUUGAAAACGCUCGCAGCACUGCGAGUCUCUCAUACAGACUGGACCACCUUGAGUGUUAUUUUGAGUACCAGUGAGGUUUGAUUUGCCAAUCACAUUUGUGCCGACUGGUUAGUGUAGUAUAUUGACUGAAUUGACUGUGUUUUUAUCAUACUUUGUUGCUAACGCAGACCAAAAGUAAAACUAGAAACAUUAGUUUUCAAGAAAUUAAGUGGCACCUUGAAAUCAGAAUCAAACAUAAGUUAAAACAUCAAGGAUGCUUCUAUUUGUAUUAAUGUAAACUCACAGAAAAGGUGUAAUGAAGUCCAUUUAAAGGUUUCUAAAUCAAAAGGUUGGAAACUUAGGAUAACUAAACGUCCAGAGGACAUUUGUACUGCGGCCUCGAAGGUUUGCAAUCUGUGAUUGCCUUUGUAUUUUAGCAUUAAGUGCUUUUGUCACUUCUUCUCCAGUAUAGUCAUUUUUCUUUUUCUUUGUACUUUAUUCAUUGUGUAUUGCUUAUCACCUGUAGCCGCUUCUAUAUCUAAUAUAAGAGGAAUCACAGGCAUAGUGUGUCAGUUUGGGGGUCUUCGCAAAUGAAGUGCAAUCAGUUUCUUUGAGCCUGGUAUUCUUUCAUAUUUAUUACUUUUUAUAAUGUUAAGGUACCCCAGACAACUCGUAUGCAGUAUAGCAACAUACCAGCAAUAAACACAUUGUUUAUAUGUAUGUGUAAAGAUGUAAUAUGACGGCAGACUCAUUUUUAAAAAGUCACACACAAAAGAUAAUCUUGCAAAUGAUACCAAUGACCAUUUCCACUGUUCUGGAAAAAAAACACACCACCAUGUUGUUACUAGCAGUAGUAAAUUGG